ACUCUCAGCAUCAUUUUCAUUUCGAACUGCAUGGAUACAACGUUUUCUAUUGUCGGACUUACGACGACCAGUUGACGACUCAUUUUUACUAGUCAUGUUUUAAGUUGUUCUUCUAAACGUUGUAUUAAAAAAGUUAGCGGUUUCAUUACAACGAAAAAAUUAUGACGCAAGUUGCGCAUCAGGAGUGGGGAUUACCCAAUUUGGACUUUGCCAAGUCGUCUCGAAAACGAAAACAAUCGAAGCCUUCCAGAGUUUCAGAGAACGCUGUGAAAUUAGAGGAAGAGAGGAACAACGCCGCCGCUGCUGCUGCUGCUGCUGCCGCCACCGCCGCCGACGCCGCCCCCAUAUCCGUAUCGUCUUUCGCCUGCCAGCUGUGCGAAAGUAUUUUCGAUAGUCAAACUAUCCUGAAUGAUCAUGUUCGGAGUCAACAUGAACUUCAGAGGCAACGACCAGUAUCGCAUAGUCUUAGCGACCCUGAUGAAAUAGCAGACAAUGAAAAACCACAAGCAACACAGCAACAACAACUUGCGUCCUCCUUUCCAACAAAGUACCAUCAGUUGGGAAGCGAAAUUAACCAACAGGCCUUCGAUAUGGUUGAAUCUAUUGAGGAGGAAACAACAACAACUGCUGAAGGAGAUGAAGAAAUAGAGGAUACUGUACCUCCAGAAGAAGGUCAAGAAGUUACAGAAGGAAAGAUUUUCAAUAAGGAGGCUUAUUGUGAACGGUGUCGUAGAGAAUUUUGUAAUAAAUACUUCCUAAAGACUCAUUUGGCAACAAGACACGGUAUACUGGAUAGUAUCGAAACUUCUCCACCUGCAGCGCCUUCUGAAGUGUCGGAGAAACCUAGUCCAGAACCGGAACCGAUCUCCAAUUUGCCUCCUUUGCCACCGCCUGCCCCCAGCUUAGUGGGACUUCCACCGCCAACUACACCCCCCAGUCCAAAAGAUGAGCCGAAAAGCGUGCCGAAAGAUAUGGAAGACUACUGCGAUAUCUGUCAAAAGCACUUUUGCAAUAAGUAUUACUUGAGGAAGCACAAGCAAGACGUUCACGGUAUCAUACCGGAAACGCCACCUUCUUACCAUAAAAGGUCGAGAUCAGUAACGACGAAUGCGUCUCCGAAAAAUUCCAACGUUCCAACUUCACUAAUUCCGCCUUCCAAUGGACUCAAUCCACCCCCCUCCGGCCAGUCGUUUCCGCCAGGACUCAGUCCAAACUUGAUGUUCAUUAAUCCAUUUGCGUCUCCGGUUGCCCUUUUACCCGGUCAACCCUUACCCUUUCAAACACAAACGGGUCUACCGUCUCUCUCAGGAAUUCCGCCGCAGUUGUCAACCGAUUUCAAGUUUUCCACGGCUUCGACCAGUACAGUUAGCACGCCAAAACCUUCCAUACCCAAUGACGCUCUUCGGUCAAUGGGCGUUCUAAACGCCGAUGCUUAUUGCGAAAUAUGCCGAAAAGAGUUCUGCAACAAGUAUUUCUUGAAAAUUCACAAAGCCAACAAGCACGGUAUUUACGUCGACGACCUAGUCGGAAAUCGAAGUGGUAAUCAUUUCGACGCUCCUUCACCAGAAAUGCUUCACUCAUUCAUGCAAGCGGCGCAGCAAUUGAACGGGAUGAAUGGUGAAAUGGAAUUGGGUGAAAAGAAAACAUCGACAAUAACAACAACUACUACAGCCACGACAACAGCAGCGUCAUCAUCAUCGGCCGUCUCUACUGCAUCAUCAGUUACUCCACCUCUGACAAAUGCCACCGAUGAUUAUUGUGAAUAUUGCAAAAAGGAAUUUUCCAAUAAGUAUAAUCUUAAAGUUCAUUUAAUCAACGUACACGGAAUCAAACCGUCCGAAAAAAAGGAAGACGAAUUGACCGACCAACAACAGCCGACGCAUUUAGCAAACACUAUGCUUGGAAAUAUGAUAGCCGCGAGAAAUGCGGAACGAGUCAUCUGCGACAUAUGUAAUAAAGACGUUUGUAACAAGUACUUUUUACGGACUCAUAAGCUCAAGGUACACGGCGUCGAAACGCCUUCAGAUAGUCCAUCUCCAAAGAAGGAUGAAUCAACUACGCCAACUUUAAUUACUAAUCCGCAAAAGAAUAAUAAUAACAACAUCGAACAGGCAGUUGAUGUUCAAAAAGAAGAAGCCGGUGCAAACCUACCAAAACCUGGUGAUGACGAACUUUUGAAAAUGGGUAUAGACCCGGAAGCUUAUUGCGAAAUAUGUAAGAAGGAAUUUUGUUCUAAAUACUUCCUAAAAACACAUAAGCUCAAGAUACAUGGAAUAGGAGAAAAGAAAGAUGAAUUUACAAGAAACAAAAAUUCUCCUCCUCCGUCACAACCCCCCUCAUCGUCAGCAACAUCUCGACAAUCAUCUCCUCUGAACGUACCGAAUUUAGCGAAUAUUUCGGCUCUGUCACAUCUCUCCGCAUCAGCAGCGGCAACACCUCCAGGUUUACUGUCACAGGAGAUGUGUAUGUCGCCUUUCGAUCCCUUAUCAAUUCUAAACGGUGGAGAGAAUAAUCAAUGGAAAUGGAAGGAGCCUCUACACUCGCAAAGAGUCAUGUGCGAAUUAUGCCAGAAAGAAGUUUGUAAUAAAUACUUUCUUCGUACGCAUAUGCAGAAUAAGCAUGGCAUAACUAUUGAGGAGUACGUAUCAUAUAUGAUUAAAAAGGAAAAAGGGGGUGUGGGUUCCUCCCAACCCGAUAUUCAACCGCCGCCGUCCUCUUUAGCUACAUCACUUCCGCUCAACUUGAUGUCGGAUAAUAAGCUGUCUCUUCCUGCCUUCGUACAAAGCGAUGCCAUGAUGCGAAAGUGUCAAAUGUGUGGUCACGUCUUUACUAGCCAGGGGGCGCUGCAGAUGCAUGUUCUACGAGACCAUUCACAAAAUAAAAGUGAAUCGGUUGGUGAUUCAAAUGACGAAGAUGCAGGCCCACCUAAAAAGGCUAAGGUUGAGGCUGACGAUUGGCGUUCGGAGAGUGAAGAAGCCUCCUCGCAGAUUUCGUCCAAGUCCAUGAAAAAGAAAAAGUUCCGAUGCGUGCACUGUUCGCAAAAGUUCCCAACUAGAGCCCUAUGCCAACAGCACAUAAUAUUUUUUUGCAGGGUCGGAACACAAGGCCCAUGCUUCGAAGGCACUAACUGAAAACAAUUACGUCAUGCAGCCGUUUAAGGCCGAAGCGAUGACGUCGGAUGACACGUUCCUACCGGCGCUUAUCUACCUACCGGUUACGCAACCAAUUACGUCAUCAAGCGACGUCACCUUCAACUUAACGCCCAAAAGCGAAUCAACAUAAAACGUAACAAAUUCUAGCUUCCAUUGUGUGAUAAAUGCCUUAUAACGAAAAACAAUUGUAUGUAUA